UUUUUUUUUUUUUUUUUUUUUGUAAUAAUUUGUCGAGCCCGCACACGCUCCAUCGAUGCGGGAGCCCUAAGCGAGCGAGCGCCGACGAAGGGUGGAAAGUGUAAGCCGGCGGGAAGCCUCGCUUCAGCGGGGCCGCAGAGGAAGCGCCUUCCCCGGGGCCAGACUCGCCGACAUGCCGCGGAGGAAGCAGCAAGCGCCGCGGCGCGCCGCAGCAUACGUCCCCGAAGAUGAGAAGGAAGCGGCGCUGCUGGAUGAGGAUGCGGACGGAGAGGACUCCACGCCGGAAGCAGAGGAACCCGCUCCUAAAUUCCUGUGCCGGGACGGGAAUGACGGAGCGGGCUCCGGACCCGACUCCCGUGACUCGCCCGCCGCCGCCGACUUCUCGGGCCAGGAGAUGGACAGCGAGUCUCACCUGAGCGAAUCCAGCGACGGGAUGUCCGACUUUGAGAGUCCGCCACUCAAAACAGAGGAGGACAUUCUCCUUUUUAAAGACCCAGCCAAUGUUUUGUCACUGUCGACCACAGCCAUGACGGCCGUGGACAACGCUGCCACCCCGGGGAGCGGUGAUGAAGCUGUGCUUUCGGGCUCCCUAUUCUCCAGCUCCGGCUCCGUGGCUGACAGUUUGGAGAAGAUGAAGGCCAUCUACACCUCUUUCUUGACCAACUCUUACUGGUCCACCCUGAACCUAAACCUGAGCCAGCCACCCCAGGAAAAGCCCCCCCGUAGCCACAGUAGCAGCAGUAGCAGCAGCAGUAGCAGCAGCUGCGGUAGCGCCGGAUACGAUUGGCACCAGACAGCCAUCGCCAAAACCCUCCAGCAGUCCUCGCAGAACCACCAGAACCGAGUGGCCCUGGCCCAGCACCCUGCGGCGACCGUGCCGGCGCCAACCGCCGAGCCGAGCCUCUUCAGCACCGUGCAGCUCUACCGCCAGAGUUCCAAACUCUACGGCUCUAUCUUCACCGGUGCGAGCAAGUUCCGCUGCAAAGACUGCAGUGCAGCGUACGACACCCUGGUGGAGCUCACGGUUCACAUGAAUGAGACCGGACACUACCGGGACGACAACCACGAGGUGGACAGUGAGGGCACCAAGCGCUGGUCCAAACCAAGAAAGCGCUCCUUGUUGGAGAUGGAAGGCAAGGAGGACGCGCAGAAGGUCCUUAAGUGCAUGUACUGUGGCCACUCCUUUGAGUCCCUCCAGGAUUUAAGCGUGCACAUGAUUAAGACCAAACACUACCAAAAAGUGCCUCUGAAGGAGCCCGUGACUCCGGUGGCGCCUAAGAUCAUCUCGGCCCGAAAGAGAGCCCCCGUGGAGCUGGACGUCCCGAGCUCGCCGGACUCUAACGGAGGGGCAACGCCAAAACCGGCCUGCCUGUCUGAUGCCAACGAGCUUCUCCAGAGGACAGCCCACCCGUACAUCACGCCCAACAACCGUUAUGGGCACCAGAACGGCGCCAGCUACGCCUGGCAGUUUGAGUCACGGAAGUCACAAAUCCUCAAGUGCAUGGAGUGUGGCAGCUCGCAUGACAGCCUGCAGGAGCUCACCGCCCAUAUGAUGGUGACCGGGCACUUUAUCAAAGUUACCAACUCGGCAAUCAAGAGAGGCAAACCCAUUAUAGAGACGCCCAGCCCAGCACCGACGCCAACCGUAGAAGAGAAGGUCCAGUCGGUUCCUCUGGCUGCCACCACCUUCUCGCCACCACCCGCCCCAGUUCCUCCUCCUACAAGCGUCUCACCCAACGGCAUGGCGCUGGAGAUCAAAAAGGAGGAGAGGGAGGAGGAAUGCACGAAAGAAUGCAUUGUUAACAAUAACUCCACCAAGAUGUCAGGAGUUGAAGAGGAAACCGAGGAGAAGUUUGACAUCUCGUCGAAGUACACAUAUCUGACUGAGGAAGAUCUGGAAGCAAGUCCCAAAGGAGGUCUGGACAUCCUCAAGUCUUUGGAGAACACGGUGACCUCCGCCAUCAAUAAAGCCCAAAAUGGAGCUCCGAGCUGGGGAGGCUACCCCAGCAUCCACGCCGCCUACCAGCUCCCCAACAUAAUGAAGCUCUCCCUCGGGAACUCGGGCAAGAACUCUCCACUCAAGUACAUGUUCCCUGGGGCGGAGAUGUUGUCGCCCACUGGCAAAAACCAGACGCUGGCGUCUCCUUCCGGCUGCCAAACAUCGCCAGUGUCCAAAAAUAACUUCCACGCCAUGGAGGAGCUUGUCAUGAAGGUGUCUGAGAAAGUGGCAAAAGUAGAGGAGAAGAUGAGGGAGCCGGGUGGCAUGACAAGGUCUUCCCCCAUGAGAACCACGCCGUCGCCAUGCCACAGCGAGGCAGAGGACUCCCACAGAGGAGAUUCCCCAAAGGACGCCAAACCGGGAGGCUGUCCAACUCCCGAGAAUGUGACGAGUGGUCCGAACCACAAGGAGACAAAGGGGGAGAGCGGUGUGAAGGAACCCACGGAGAACGGCUUGGGGUCCGCUGUGGUGUCGCCUCAACCCGGGUCCCUCUGUGGCAGCACCGCCAUCAUCACCGACCACCCGCCCCCGGAGCAGCCCUUCGUCAACCCACUGAGCGCCCUGCAGUCGGUCAUGAACGCCCAUCUGGGCAAGGCGGCCAAACCCGCACUGCCCUCCAUGGACCCCAUGAGUAUGCUUUUCAAGAUGAGCAACAGCCUGGCCGAGAAGGCCGCAGUGGCGGCAUCCACACCGCCCGCCCUGGCAAAGAAGUCCGGCAGCGACCACCUGGAUCGCUACUUCUACCCGCCGAACCUCAGUGGCAACGAGCAACCUAUGGAUCUCACCAAAGGCAAGCAGGCUGACAAAAGCGCAUCGCCUUCCCCAACGACGGCCAUGACCAAAGCCUCUGCGGCCGUGGCCUCCUUCAUGUCCUCGUCGCCCCUGAAAGAGAACGCCCUGUCUGACAUCUCUGACAUGCUGAGGAACCUGACAGAGAGCCAGGCCCUUUCGAAGGCCUCCACACCCACCAGCUUGUCAGAGCGCUCCGAACUGGAGGGCGCCACCCAGGAGGAAGCGGAGGAGGUGUCGCCCGCCCAGAAGCGCAAAGGCCGCCAGUCCAACUGGAACCCGCAACACCUCCUCAUCCUGCAGGCCCAGUUCGCCUCCAGCCUGAAGCAAACCACGGACGGAAAGUACAUGAUGUCCGACCUGAGCCCGCAGGAGAGGAUGCACAUCUCGCGCUUCACCGGCCUCUCCAUGACCACCAUCUCCCACUGGCUGGCCAAUGUCAAGUACCAGCUGCGCCGCACCGGCGGCACCAAGUUCCUGAAGAACCUGGACUCGGGCCACCCGGUGUUCUUCUGCAGCGACUGCGCCUCGCAAAUCCGCUCCCCGUCAACCUACGUCAGCCACCUGGAGGCACACCUCGGCUUCCGGCUGCGCGACCUGGCCAAGCUCUCAGGGGAGCAGCUCCUGGGCCAGAUCUCCCAGCAACGCCUCCACCACAAAGGACUCUCCGACAAGCUCCUGGCCCACUUGCAUCCGUCCAGCCGCCCCUUGCCCUCGUCCCUGCCGUCUUUUCCCGUGGCCCUGCCCUCAUCCUUGCCCGCCCCUGAUUCGGCAGCCGCGUCUCCCAACAACGACGAGGACGAGGGGGGCGGCGCGGCGGCGCACCAGUGCAAACUGUGCAAUCGGACUUUUGCCAGCAAGCACGCCGUCAAACUGCACCUCAGCAAGACUCACGGGAAGUCCCCAGAGGACCAUCUCAUGUACGUUUGUGAGCUAGACAAGCAGUAGUGCGGAUUACGUGACUUUACCCGACGUGAGCAUACCUGGAGCCGUGAAAAGCUGCCCUACAAAGGACGGCGGAGGUUUUUGGUCUCAUUUUCCCUUUGUUGGAAAAUUCAGAACGUUCAACAAACCUCCAAACGUGAGCCCUGAGACGCAAAAUAUGAAGUUUCAAAGAAAAGAAAAGAAAAAAAAAAUCCUACAAAUGGGGUGCUGUGUAUUUUGUGUCAAUGAAAUUACUUUAUAUUUCGACAUGAGGAAAAAUUGCAUGCAUCAACAAGAAAAUAUUUUGUUUUGUUUUUUGGUUUUGGGGUUUUUUUUCAGUCUUCUCUGGUUUUGUCUGUGAGGUACGCAUGAGGAUUACGGCAACAAAAAGAACCCUUAACACAAUAAAGUGGGAAAAUAAUCCGACACAUGUUGUAAUGUUGUGAGGAAAGAGCCGUUUUAUUUAUUUUAUUUUUAUUUUUUUUUACGAGAAGUGCCAACUUGAGAAAGGGACGUAAAUGUCAAAAUGAAACUGUCAGGCUUCAGUUCUUGUUUGGUGUUUGCGGAACUUCUUCUGCGUUCCACUUGAAAUCAGUCCUCAUCAUCAUGCUUGUAGAAAUUUCCAAUCAUGAUGUCGCCUCCACGCUAUCUGAGUCAUUUUUGUUUUUCUUUGCAGGGCUUUGACUUUCUGCUCAUCAAAUUGCAGAGUUCUUCGUAUUUAUUUUUUCCCACUUUCUCUGAAAUAUUUUGACUCCAUUGACAUGAAUUUGUUAUUUCAUUUUUUGUCAUAUUCAGACUUUUUUCACCUCUUAAAAUAUAAAACGCCUGCUGUCGUGAAAGAAAAUUACAACAAAUACUCUUGAAAAAGAUAUUUUGACUUUAAUUGAGUAAAAUUCUGCCUUUUUUUGCAUCAUAAUUUGACUUCACUCUCAUAAAAAGUACAGCUUGAUUCUCAUCUCUACAUUUUUUUCCACUCAUAAAAACGUGAGCAUUCUUGUGAAAGACAUGCUUUGUUUCUUGUCGAAUGACGACUUUAGU